AGAGGCUGAGAGUUAAACAACGUUACAGCCACUGAAUCUUGACCAGAGGAAAAUAAGUAAUCCCAGAAGACUGCGAGCUCUCCUAACAUGAUGCCUGCAGCUAAAGGCAUGUCCCAAAUGAUACCCAAACAUGUCCUGAGAGUGGGUCAGACUAUCCGCCUGGACUCAGCGCAGCAGACAGUCAAACAACAUCCCACUGUCACGGAGCCCAGCAGUAACCAUGGCGACCCUGAGCUUGAUAUUUCCUUGGAUAGUCUCAACCAGCUCAUCCUGGAAAUGGAUCCGACAUUCACACCCAUUGAGGUCAACAAAAGUCCCAUGUGCAUCAGCCCUCCGACAGAAGACUCAGAUGAAGAUGUCUCCCAGUGCGAAAUGGUCCCCAGAGGAUGUUCUCCUUGCUCCCUGCCCACCGUGGUCCCAGCUGUGUCACCCAGUAUACCCAUCCCUACAUACAGCAGCUGCAGUCCUCACGGCACACUGGUGUUCUCCAGCUCCCCUACAUCUUCCCUGCCUCCGCUGCCAUUUGGCAGUGCACCCCGACGACAUGCGUCACCGAAGCUCGAUGCCACCUUUUCCCAAGGACCCACGCGCUUGUCACGCUCAAACAGAAAUAGCGCUAUCUCGCUUAUCUCCACAUCAACAUGCUCAGACACAAGCUACAUCCUUGGCAGCAACCUGUCCCUGGCCAGUGAAGAUGCCGACUCCCCAGAGUCCAUCCUAACUAGCACGUCCAUCUCCUUCAGUGACGGCUCCAGAACAGCGCCGGUUGAUAACAGGCACAGCCCAGACAAGCCCCCUCUGUUAAGGCGAGGACGGGAGCUUCACAGCAAAGGAGCGCAGAGCAGUCCGGCUUCACUCUCUAGUUCUUGGAGCGAUAUUCCUGUACUGCUUGUCAAUGGCGCACCACAGCCAGAUCUGUACAUCCAGGCUCCUGGAUCAGAAACUGACCUGAUGCAGAACCUCCUUUUGCCCAACUCAAAGCCAUUGUCUCCUCACAGUUUCCAAGCCCGUUUUUAUGGCAGCCAGCCCUCGAUGAAGUUUGUCAUGGACACUUCACAGUUUUGGUUCCGUCCGCAUAUCAACAGAGCAGAAGCUGAAGCCCUGGUGAAGGACAGAGAAGCAGGAACAUUUGUGGUGAGAGACAGCACCUCCUACAGAGGCAGCUUUGGCCUGGCUAUGAAGGUGGACCAAUCGGUCGCCAACUUCACUUCCACCGCCUACCCAGGAGACAGCAAUUCAGAUCUUGUCAGACACUUCCUUAUUGAAUCAUCAGCAAAGGGCGUACGCAUCAAAGGCUCUUCUCAGGAACCAUACUUUGGUAGUCUUUCUGCCCUGGUCUACCAGCACACUAUCUCUGCUUACGCACUACCCUGCAAAUUACUGCUCCAAUCCCAAGUUUUGGGCGCAACAGAACAAGAGCGGGCUAAUGACAAACCAGCAUCAGAGGACAACAACAAAACAGCUUCCAAUUUUGUCUAUCUGAACGCUGUCCCCACUGAGAUGCUGACGGGCCCCUGUGCAGUGCAGAAGGCGGUGUCCUCCACAUUUGAGAAGGCCUCGGGUUCAUUCACACCAGCCAUAGUCAACCUGAAGGUGUCUUCGAAGGGUGUCACGCUGACAGACAUCAACAGGAAGCUCUUCUUCAGACGCCAUUAUCCUGCUCACCUGCUCAGCUACGGUGGUGAAGAUCCAGACAAUCGACUGUGGGUGAGAGGUUCCAGUUUCGGUGCAAGGAUGUUUGGCUUCGUGGCAAAGGGUGUGGAGGCCGGCAUGGAGAACGUAUGCCACGUCUUUGCAGAAUAUGACCCCCUGCAGCCGUGCAACAAAGUCAUCCAGGUCAUUCAGGCUGCCAUAUCCAAGCCGUAGACACACAAGCACUGAGGCAACAUAACACUACAAGCCACCUUAAGACCCUACAUACACUGUCUGUCUUACACUGUAUUUUCCUCAUGUAACCUGACCAAUAUGCUGGACACUGUAAGUCAUUACUGCUGUGGUUGAACUGGUAACUGUACCUGCCGGGUUACAAAUCAGAAAAAUCUGAUUCAUAAAUGCUUGGGAUGACCCAGACUCAUACCGUGGUCAUGUGAUUAAAGUGAUAUUGAAAAGAUAGGUUACUGUUGCACAUAUGAAGAUACACAAGACUGAAUCGCUGUCAAGCAAGAACAUAUCGAACAAAGAACCAGUAAUUAAAUGGCACUCUACUACUGUUAAAAUAUUUUCUAUGCAGCUUGUAAAAAUGUUAACACAAAGGCAACAAUAUUUUUGUAAUACCUAAUAAAUUCAAUGUAAAAUGUUCUUGUAGAAAAUGUUAGAAACCAGCACCUUACAUAGGGCAUGGAGCUGGAUACUGACUUAUUCCAAUGUAAACUGAUGUGUAAAUUUGCACUAUGCUUUUACAUAUAGUGAUGGGGGGUUUUGAAGGUUCUGUUAACAGACUAUAAGAAAAACAACUCUCAUAUUGUCCUUUCAUUUCAAAGCCAAAACUCUGCAUAUACCCCAGUUGUAUAUUUCUGAAUGUAUUUAUUAUGCUGCGCUGUAAACAUUUCUUCUCUGUAUAUUCGUGUUGUUAUGACGAGAAAUAAACA